AUGACCACUACCAACCCAGGCCCUCAUCCAGCCCGUCCAUCCGAGGAGAACGGUCCACGACCUCUUGCCAACAUCGAUUUCACCCCGUCCACGAGCCAGUUCACCCCCGAGUCCAGCGUUCCGGCGUCGAGAGAUGGAGACACCGCGAGGAACGCGAUCCGUCGUGGGCCGGACCUUCAGAAGCUCCAGACUACUGUGUUGGGGGCGGAGGACGGCGACGUGACCUCAUGGCCGACGUCCGCGGAAUCCGCCUCGAUCGAGGGCGUCGCCAACCGCUUCCGAGACGUCGUUGGCGACGAGCCCGAGCCGGCACACUCGGUGUCCCGGGCGUACACGGCGGAGGAGGAGAAGCGCGUGGUGAGGAAGUUUGACACGCGACUGACGCUGUUGAUGGCGUUCCUGUACAUGCUCUCCUUUCUAGACCGGUCAAAUAUUGGAAAUGCCAAAAUCGCCGGUUUGAUGGACGAUCUGAACCUAUCCUCUUCGCAGUACGAGUGGGUCCUCACGGCCUUUUACAUUACAUACAUCUUGUUCGAAUGGAUGACUCUCAUGUAUAAGAUUGUUCCGGCACAUAUCUACAUCCCUCUGUGUGUUCUCGGCUGGGGCUUGGUUGCAUCAUUUCAAGCGCUUGUGACCUCCUUCUCCGGACUGUUAGCGCUGAGGGCCCUCCUGGGGAUUUUUGAAGCUGGGUUUGGACCGGGUCUGCCUUUUUAUCUGUCGUUCUUCUAUAGACGCGAAGAACUAGCAUUUAGAACUGGCAUGUUCCUUUGUGCUGCUCCUCUAGCUACCUCGUUUGCUGGCAGCCUAGCCUGGGUAAUUGUCUGGUUCAACAAAGACGGGCCGCUGGCACCAUGGCGCGCCCUAUUUCUCGUCGAGGGAUUUCCAAGCGUGGUAGUGGCUUCAAUUAUCUGGGCAUAUAUCCCAGACUCGCCUGGCAAAGCCAGAUACCUUACCCGUCGUGAAAGAAAAGUUGCAAAAUGGCGACUUCUUGAAGCUGGCGAUAAGCAAAAGAAGCAUGAGCCCCAGGAUCGCGUGUUCAAUUGGCGUGAAGUCGUUCGAACUAUUUGCGAUCCCAAGGCAUACCUUACUGCUUUCAUGGCGUUCAGCUGCAAUGUUGCAUUCAGUUCCUUACCCGUGUUUCUACCAACUAUUUUGAAUGAUAUGGGCUACUCUAGGCUUACAGCUCAAGCACUCUCCGCACCACCGUAUUUGUUCGCCUUUCUCAUAGUUCUCUUAACGGCUUCUAUCUCCGACCGCAAUCGCAGCCGUAGCCCGUACAUCAUUAUGCACGCCCUUAUCUCAGCAACAGCUUACCUGCUGAUUGCCUUGAGUGGUUAUUUUCACGCAUAUCUUCCAGAGCCUGUGCACAUUCUCGUCCGCUACAUCUGUAUAUAUCCUGCUGCGGCAGGUUUCUUUUCUGCUAUCACCCUCAUUAUUACCUGGACAAUGGAUAAUCAACCUGCAAAAGAAGGUAAAGGAACAGGGAUGGCAAUCCUAAACGUCAUCGGACAAUGCGGGCCUCUGGUUGGAACCAGACUCUACCCUGCCGAGGAUGCGCCGUUAUAUGUUCGAGGGAUGGCGUUGUGCUCUAUGUUCAUGGUUUUUGCUGCACUGUUGGCAUAUUCAUUGCGGGUAUUGCUGCAGAAAGAGAACAUGCGGUCUGGAUCACGAUCGGUAGGCCGAAAUAGAGGAGAAGAAACCCAUACCAUAGCCGAGGAAGAGGGCUUAAUAGCCCCCGACUCAUCGUCUGCUGCUUUUGGGGGUGUAGAGAAAACGGGCAACGGCAGGUUUGUUUACAUCAUUUGA